CAAGGCUGAAUGUUUACAAGCAUUGUAAAGUGCUAUAACAAUGUAGCUAACUAAUAUUGAAAAGGCGUGCUUUUUCCAUAUAUGUGUGUAAUUAACACGACAGGGUGUUUAAUUUAGAGGGGAUGGCUACGUACAAUGAAGUCAAUUGGUCUCUAGUUUUUCGGGCGGACGUAGUCACGGCCUUAGAACAAUCAUUUCACAGUGUGUGUAUGUGUGUGUAGUGUGUGUGUGCCAGUGCAUGUUGAUGGUGAUUGUGUGUCUCAAAGAGCCUCCGAUGCUGUAGUAGUAACCAGGGGAACUACGCGUCUUGUUGAUCCCAGAAGAACCAUUUCAGCAGUGAUCAGGACCAAACUACCGGAGUCUACGUGGGCCAGGAACCGGUACCAAGAUGACCCAACCUCGGCCCGACGAGUUCAAACCACCGCCGGAGUGUCCAGUCUUCGAACCAAGCUGGGAGGAAUUUGCCGAUCCUUUCGCGUUUAUCAAUAAAAUCAGACCCAUCGCGGAGAAAACUGGCAUCUGCAAAGUCCGACCACCACCGGACUGGCAGCCUCCGUUCGCGUGUGAUGUGGACCGACUGCACUUCACACCUCGCAUCCAGAGACUCAACGAGCUCGAGGCCCAGACAAGGGUCAAGUUGAACUUCCUGGACCAGAUCGCCAAGUUCUGGGAGCUGCAGGGAUGUUCCCUCCGGAUCCCUCACGUGGAGCGCAAGAUACUAGACCUCUACCACCUCAACAAGCUGGUGGCGGAUGAGGGUGGUUUUGACCUGGUGUGUGCGGAUCGGCGCUGGACUCGCAUCGCGAUGAAGAUGGGCUUUGCUCCGGGGAAGGCUGUCGGGUCGCAUCUCAGAGCCCACUACGAACGGAUCCUAUACCCUUACAACCUCUUCCAGGCUGGAACUAACCUGCUGGCUCCAGAGUUCGCAUCCAAAAUGAUGCGAUACACCGACGACAACAGUGAGGAUCAGUGUAUGAAGGGUGAGGUGUGUCACCAGGAGAAGCCGAUCGGGAGGAUGGGCGUCGCCCCCCAGAGGAUGGGAGGGGGAAUGGGAAUGGGCAUGGGCCUUACUGUGCCAAUCAAACACUCCGAAACAGGAAGUCCCGCCCCCAUCAUCGCCGCCGGUGACGAGCUGCCAAUCAAAUCGCCGUGCUGCAUUAAGACUGAGCCAGAUGAGGGGGGUGAGAAUCGGCCGAACCUGCGGAGGCGCAUGGGCUCAGUAGUGGCCAAACCAGAACCAGAGCGCCAGGCUCCUGUCCUGGUGAAGCCGGAGCCUCUGGAGCCGAAAGCCAUCAGUGACGACAAGAGCAGAGGACGCUAUCGCAAACCCCCCCCCAUACUGAGUGUAGUGGACCUGUACGUGUGUUUGGUGUGCGGCAGUGGUGCAGAUGAGGAGCGGCUGUUGCUAUGCGACGGUUGUGACGACAGCUACCACACCUUCUGCCUGAUCCCGCCCCUCACCGACGUCCCCAAGGGCGACUGGAGAUGCCCCAAGUGUCUGGCACAGGAGUGUGGUAAGCCCCAGGAGGCGUUCGGGUUCGAGCAGGCGAGGAGAGACUACUCUCUCAGGGCGUUCGGGGAGAUGGCGGACAACUUCAAAUCAGACUACUUUAACAUGCCCGUACACAUGGUGCCUACGGAGCUGGUUGAGAAGGAGUUCUGGCGCCUGGUGAGCACCAUUGAGGAGGACGUGACGGUGGAGUACGGAGCGGACAUCGCCUCCAAAGAGUUCGGCAGCGGAUUCCCCAUCAGGGGAGGCAGGUUUAAAAUCAACCCAGCGGACGAGAAGUACCUGGGUUGUGGUUGGAAUCUUAACAACAUGGCGAUGAUGAAUCCGUCGGUCCUGACCCAUGUGACCGCCGAUAUCUGUGGCAUGACGUUGCCAUGGUUAUACGUGGGCAUGUGCUUCUCAUCAUUCUGUUGGCACAUCGAGGACCACUGGAGCUACAGCAUCAACUACCUACACUGGGGGGAGCCUAAGACCUGGUACGGGGCGCCAGGCUACGCGGCGGAGCAGCUGGAGGGGGUGAUGAGGAAGUUGGCACCAGAGCUCUUCGAGACGCAACCCGACCUCCUGCACCAACUCGUCACCAUCAUGAACCCCAACACACUCAUGAGCUACGGAGUACCGAUCUAUCGGACCAAUCAGUGCGCAGGAGAGUUUGUCAUCACCUUCCCGAGAGCCUAUCACAGCGGCUUCAACCAGGGAUUCAACUUCGCAGAGGCCGUCAACUUCUGCACCACCGACUGGAUGCCUCUGGGUCGUCAGUGUGUGGACCACUACAGGUCUCUGCACCGCUACUGUGUGUUCUCCCAUGAUGAGAUGGUGUGCAACAUGGCGCGCAAGGCAGAGGAGCUGGACGAACUGCUGGCAUCCGCCGUACACAAGGACCUGGUCCUGAUGCUGAGGGAAGAGGCGUCGCUACGGGAACGCAUACGCAAGAUGGGCGUGGAUCAGAGUGAGGUGUUUGAGUACGCGGGGAUGUCUGAUGACGAGCGCCAGUGUGUGAAGUGUCGCACCACCUGUUACCUGUCAGCUCUCUGCUGCCCCUGCAGGCCGGGAGUACAAGUGUGUCUACACCACGCAGACCAGCUGUGCAGCUGCGCACCCAGCAGAUACACACUCAGGUAUCGCUUCACGCUUGAUGAGCUGUACCCGAUGAUGGAUGCGGUGAAGAAGAGGGCGGAGCUAUAUGACCAGUGGGCGGGGCUAGUGGCUGACGUCCUGGAGGCCAAACUGGACAAGAAACGCACCCUGGCGGUGUUCCGCUCGCUGAUAGAUCAGUGUGAGCAGCGGAACUUCCCGGAUAACGACCUGCUGCGCGACCUCCGGCUGGUUGCCAUGGACGCAGAGAAAUGCUCCACCGUCGCCCAGCAACUACUCAACGGCAAGAGGCACACCAGGUUUCGUUCAGGAGGGGGGAAGUCCCAUCACCAGUUGACAGUUGAGGAGGUCAGAUCGUUCGUGCGUCAGCUCUACAACCUGCCAUGCAGCCUACCACAGGCACCCUUACUGAAGGAGUUACUAAACCGCAUCGAGGACUUCCAGCAGCACAGUGAGCAGGUGUUGUGUGAGGGUCUGUCUCGCGGCGGCGGUGGCGUAGGGGGCGUCGCCGGGUGUGUGUGCGAGUGUGUGUGUGAGCUGGAGGGGCUGCUGGCGGCGAGCACGCAGCUGGACGUCAGUCUCCCCGAGUUGCCGCGGCUACGCAGCCGCCUGGAGCAGGCGCGCUGGCUACAGGAGGUGCAACAGGCGCUCGGACACGCCCACACCUGCGCACACGCACGCGGACACACGCACGCUCACGCACACGCCACCGCGGGGGGCGGGGCCACCAGGCGUGGUCUGGCGGUGGACGGCAUGCGGCGUCUGAUCGACCAGGGGGUGGGGCUUGAUCCUGACCCCGCCCUCGAGAAGGCGAUGGCCAAACUGCAGGAGCUGCUGACCGUGUCAGAGGGGCUGGAGGAGCGCGCACGCAGCAUGCUGAGGGACAGGCCGCCGCACUCGGUGGAGGAGCUGAGUGUGUGUGUGCGGGAGAUGGAGGGGGUGACGGCUCACCUGCCUCACUGCGGAACACUGAAGGACACACUCCGCAAAGCAGACGAGUGGACACGCGACGCACACGACAUCAUACAGCAGGGUGGGCGUGUGGUGGAGUUGAGGUGUGUAUCGGAGCUGGUCGCUAGGGGGCGUGGCCUCCCCGUCGCCCUGGAGUUACUUCCUCGUCUGGAGGAAAUGAUGUCACAGGUCGCGACCUGGAAGCAAUCGGCUGCCGAUGCCUUCCUGCUCAAGGACUCCCCCCUCAGCCUGCUCGAGGUGUUGUGUCCGCGUUGUGAGGGGUGUGUGUCGUCUCCGAAGCGUAAGGUGAAAAAGGAGAAGAAGAGGGCGGGACCUGAGACUUUGAGUGACGUGGAGAAGGCCCUAUCAGAGUGCAGGGACUCCCACGCAGCAAUGCAGACCCUGGAGUCUCUGCGUGUGCGCGACCUGGAGAGUGUGUUGUCUCUGCGCGUGUGUAACGACUCCAAGCUGCGCGGGGGUGCGGGUGCGGAGGGGGGCGAGGUGGCACGCGUGAGUGUGUGUGUGUGUCAGCGGCCGCCGCUCGGACCCAUGCUGCAGUGCCAGCUGUGUUGCCGUGGCUACCACCGCGACUGCGUGCAGACCAACCAAUUGGAAGCCAGCGAGGGAGAGGAGGCCAGAGUUGGAGCCGAGCGCGCGUGUGUGAGCGGGGAGUGUGUGGGCGCGUGUGUGUGCGGGCCCUGGCUGUGCGGUGUGUGUCUGCGCUCCAGACGUCCGGCUCUGGAGACCCUGCACCCCCUGGUGGAGGAGUUAAGAAGUACAGGCGUCCGCACGCCCGAAGGAGACGCGCUCCACUUCCUCAUUCACACAGCCAGCCAAUGGCAGCGCAGAGCUCAGCAUCACAUGACCCUCAAGGACCAAUGGCCACGGAGCACUGCAGCACACAACAAGAGUCAGAGCCAGACACCCUUCUACAUAGAGAGGCACUGCACUCCACACCAGGAUUCUGAGUGGGCGUGUCUCCUGGUCGAGGGUCUUCUGCUUCCUGUUCGGGUUCCGGAGACGUCUCAGCUCUACCGCCUGCUCAUGUCCGGCCCCGCCCCUCCACCGUCACCUAGCAACGGCCACCACGACGACGCGUUGCCAAGGGACACCGCCCCUAGCAACGAUCACCACGGUGACAGCGCCCCUAGCGACCAGAUCAAACACACACACUCUCAGGGAAGAGGACCGCCCACCGAGGCUGGUGUGUGUGAGCGUGAUCGUGAGCGUAAGGUGGGUGCGGGUGCGGGUGUGCGUCGGCGUGUGUGCGCCAUGGAGCAUGUGCGUGCGGAGGACCUGUGUCAGCUGUUGACUCCGCCCCCGCGCCGCAAGAGGGCUCGUCUGGGUCGCCACCGCCAUGGCAACCCCCAGCGCCUGGCAACCUCGGCCUCCGCCUCGCCCUCCGCGACCUCUGACCUGUCGUCCGACCCCGGAGACCUGAGCGACCAAUCACAAUCGGACUCUGACGACCAGGCGCUGCUAUGCCCCGCCCAGCACUGUCACCAGCCAGAGGGGGAGGAGGUCUUCUGGGUGCAGUGUGAUGGCAGCUGUAAUCGCUGGUUCCACAUGGUGUGUGUCGGCGUGACAACGGAACUGGCGGAGAAGGAGGACUAUGUGUGUGUCACCUGCGUCGCACGCAAAUGACGUGUGUGUGUAACACCAGAAGAUGAUAUGUGUGUGUCUCACCUGUGACACCAGAACAUGAUGUGUGUGUGUGUUUGUGUGUGUGUGUGUGUGUGUGUGUGCGCUCUGUGUCAGUCGAAUAGGAGUGUAACACACACACACUCCCUUUUUAGCUUAUCUUUAUCCGUUUCCCUAAUUUACACCCCCCAGACCAGACCCCCCCUCAACACCCUGCAACCCCCAAAACCUAUGGAACUACGGUGCUAUCUGUCUGUCUGUCUGUCUGUCUGUCUGUCUGUCUGUCUGUCUGUCUGUCUGUCUGUCUGUCUCUCUGUCUGUCUGGUUUGAUUCUCCCUUUUAAAAGAGAGAGAGAGAAGGAGAGAGAGAAAGAGAGAGAGGAGGAGAGAGAGAAAGAGAGAGAGAAGGAGAGAGAGAGAGGAGUUCAGGCUUCAUGGGUUUCCGUUGGGGAAAGUGUGUGUGUGUGUGUGUGUGUGUGUGUGUGUGUGUGUGUGUGUGUGUGUGUGUGUGUGUGUGUGUGUGUGUGUGUGUGUGUGUGUGUGUGUGUGUUAUGCCUCCUGCAUGCUCAACCAGAGACACAAUCUUACAAUCAACACACACA